AUGCAUUUGCAGGCCACUGGAGACACAAAAAGCCCCGCCUGUUUCGCCUUUUCCCGCACUGAAGACCCCGCAGAACGCUACAGCAAAUUUGCUGAAGAGAUCGAGGCGCGGCCGUUUGGCUUCUACGGGCCGCGGGACAGAAUCCUGAAGCGGCUUGCUACUUACGCGCCUGCUAAAGUGCAGCUGCAGCAGCACCAGCAGCAGCUGCUGCAGCAGGGGCUGCGGGCUGCUGCUGUGCCUGCUGCUUUCAAGGAGAAGCUGCUGGACCUCGUUGCUUUUCUCUGCUGCCUCAGCAGACAGGCUGCUGAUGUCAAAUGGUCUAAAGAACAAAUUCAAAAGUGGGAAGCUUUGGGUCUUGACGUGCAGGAGGAGUUAUCAAAGAAAGAGGCCCCGCAGCCAGCGCCGAGCCCCCCGCCUCCUGGAGCAGCACCAGCAGCAGCAGCAGCUCCUUCUGAAGUGGCUGAAACUGGAGGACCAAUGGACCACUGUGGAGCUGCUUCUGCACACUUUGCUGCAGCUUCCUUCGGAGUUGCAGAAGUGCUGCUGCUGCUGCCCUCCGGCCAAAGAGCCUCGCUGCACCUACAGCCCAGCAAAAACCCCCUAGUGGUCCACUUGCCGAGACCAGUGGACCACUGCAGCCUGGAGGACGUGCGGGGGGCUUUGCUGCAGCAGCAGCAGCAGCAGCAAAUUCAAGAAAGGGUUUUGGAAAAUGCGCAAAAAGCAGAACUUCCAGAAGCCAGAACUGUCGACAAAUGGAAUCUUAAAGACCUUAAGGUCGAAGCCACGCUGCAGCAAAUUAUUGAAAAGGCCAAAGACAAACAAGUUGUUCCCAUCUCCAAAGAAACUCCUGGUGCUGUUGCUGUUCCAAUUAUUCCGGCGAAGCCCGUCGAAGAGAAGCCGGCGCCUUCGCAAGUCCGCCUCGGACUCGCCCGCGCGCUGCUCACGCUGCCCUCCGGCGGCCGCGCAGCUCUUCACUUCGAACCCACCAGUGGUCCACUGGUGGUCCACUUGAGUGGUCCAGUGGACCAGUGGUCACUGGAGGCUGUGCGGCAGCAGCUGCUGCAGCAGCAAGCAGCAAUUCAAAAGAGCCUCCUCGAGGCCUCCAGCAAGUCCGAACUCCACGAGGCCCGCAGUGUCAACAAGUGGAACUUGAAAGAAAUUAAUGUUCUCGCGGACUUAAACAAAAUCAUCGAAAGUGCAAAGGCCGAUACCGUUGUGCCGUUCACUGUCACAGGCAAGUGCAGCAGCAGCACCACCAGCAGCAGCGGCAGCAGUAGCAGCAGUAGCAGCAGCAGCCGCUGCGACAGAAGCAGCAAGGCCCUUCCGCCUGUGCCGCCCGUGGCCCCAAAGGAAAAAGAGCCUGAAGAGGAAGAAGAAAAGAAAAAAACUUUCAUUCCGCCGGAGCCGGAAAAGGCGGAAGCAGACUGCGAAGAAUUUCCUCUGAAUUUAGAAGUCCCUUCCACUUCCGUGCGGGAGCAAACUGUGGCCCACCUCGUAUCCUUUCUAAACAGCAGCAGCAGCAGCGACAGCAGCAGCAGCAGCAGCAGCAGCAGCAGGCUGGUGUCUGUGGGGGCUGCGUGCCUCGCGUGGGCCCUGAAUGCCACAGUGUUUGAAAUGCUGCAGGGGGCCCUCAGCCGCAGCUGGGGGGCCCCCCAAGUGGUGGAGGGGGCCCCCACAGCAGCAGAUUGGGUGGCGCUGCAGCUGCAAACUGCGCUGGACACAAAAGCAAUAAAGGGAAAUAAUAAAGAAACAAAUAAAAGUGUCAUUAAAGCCUCCAGAAUCUGCAUUGAUGCUGCUCGCGUGGCGGGCCGGCUGCUGGGACAGCGGCGCCGGGACAAGCCGGAGGCCCCUCUUGCAGGGCCUGGGAAUUUGCUGGGAACAGCUUUGGGGUUAAGUUUUGAUGGGGAGCUGCUGCUGGGGGAGAGAGCAGCACAGUUUGCUGCAGCACGCUGCAGCGGGGAAGCAGCAGCAGCAAAAGCGGCGCUGUGGCCGCUCGCCCAGGUGCUGCUGAUGUCGCUGCUGCUGCACUACCAAGCAGCAGCCAGCUGCCAGGUGUACGUACACCACAGCGCCCGCUACGUGCUCCCGCUCCUCGCGCUGCCGCAGAAGCAGCAAAUUCAGGACUUUUUGCACUUUGUCGAAAUUUAUAAUGAAUUAAUUCAAAAAUAUAAAACUGAUGAACACAAAAAUAAAACUACAAUGCACCAAUUCGCCCAAAGAUGCGAAGUGCUGCACCUCGACACAGGAGCCACUCGACUGCCGCAGUCCAUGGGGGAGACAGAGCUUUUGAUUUCUCCGCAAAUGGAAAAUAUAAUAAAAGUGAUUAAAGGCUAA